GAGAUCCCUGCUCCUCCUCCGGAGUUCUGCCAGGAGGAGUCAGCCCAGGAGCAGGAGGAGGACCUGGGCUCAGAGGCCCUGGGCUCAGAGGCCCUGGAGGAGAUCUUUGCUGAGCUGCAGGCUCCGGGCUUGAUGGAGCCUGCCUGGGGGAACGGGGAGGCCGUGGGCCCCCUGGAGGAGGCUCUUCCGGGGGCCCUGGAGCAGGAGGUCCACCUGGACGAGGUGGCAGCUCCGGAUCCGCCGCAGGACCAGGAGGUCCAGGAGUGUGGAGCGGAGCUCCGAAAUGUUCCAGACGAUCUUCAACUCUCUGACCCCGCCUCCUCGCCUGGCAGUCCAGUCCGAAGGCCAGAGGCGGAGGAGGUGCCAAUGGAGACCAGCAAUGUCUACGAGGACGUCCACAUCGUGGAGAAACCGAAGAGCAAGACUCUGGGCGCCAAGAAACGAAACAAAGGUCCACCGAAGAAUCCCUACGCUGAAACACAGCCAGCGCAUGUGGAAUCUCAGAAGAGCAGCUGGUUCUCCAAGAACGAGACGACCCCAGAGGGACCAGAUGAGAAAGACCCGAACCCUAAAGAGCUGAAAAAGAGAGAGAAGCAGCGUCUGGAGAAGGAGAAGAAAGAACAGAAGGAGCAGAGAGAGAGAGAGAAGAAGGAGCAGAAGGAGAGAGAGAAGAAGGAGAACGAGAUGAAGAAGAAGUUUAAGAUAAAAGGCCAGGAGGAGGCCAUGUACCAGGCCACCGUCACCGUGACGACGAAAGGACGCAAGGACGACCUGGCGCUGAAUAGCGGUGACAUCAUUAGCAUCAUCAGAACCACCAACUGUCCCAAGGGGAAAUGGCUGGCUCGGGACAGCAGCAACACCUUUGGGUAUGUCUCAGUGAGCCAUGUGGAGCUGGACGUGAAGGAGAUGAUGGAGUUGGGGAAGAAGGCCGUCGGCAACAGGAAAACCUCCACCUUGGAAUCAGAGAGGACCAGCACUGGGAGCAGGAACUCAAAUAACUACCCCCUAUCCACAGGCAGUUUUUCAGACGACAGUGACGAAUGGACGGGCGAUGAUGAAGAGAUGUUCUCUUCCCCCACAGCAUCUACAGACCCGGGACUGGACCACACCACAUCCAUGCUGGAGGAGGGAAGCAGAGAGCCAAGUGUUCACCAUGAGCACACGGCCAGUGACGUCAGUACAGAUUCUGUGAACCAACAAGCGAGACAUGAAGCACUUCACAAGUUGUCCACGUUCUUCCACGAGCCCAGAGACACCAGCCCACCUGCUGUAGAAGAGCAACAUGCCAGAAGUCCUGAACUCGAGACAAGCCCUGAGGAUUUGGCAGCAGAACAAGCACAGAGCUCCGUAGAGGAAGUAGAUUCACUGCUUCCUGACAUGAUCAUCUUACCGCCCCCUGACCUGUACGCUGACAUCAACUUUGCAGAAUAAUCUAUCAGAGGCAAUCGAGGAGAAGCACAAGUAACCGGCCAGUGACCAGUCGCUCAACCCCAAGCGCUGUCACCAUCCUCUCAUCUCCAUGGCGAUCUCCACGGCGAUCUCCACGGCGAUCGCCACGUCUCCCCGGGCGUUUGUUGUCACGGAGUGUGUUAUUCAGACAACACUCUCUUUUCUGGACUAAAACACUAACAUCCUCCAGAACCAGACCGAGAUGCCUACCACCGAACACCUUGAAAUGACAGACUUGUGUUUUAUAACCUGCUGUUAAUUUGUCCUGUUUGUAGAUAACCCCAUGAAUGAAUAUCUGUGAUCUUUACAUGCAAUGAUUCUGUCGUCUGUGGUUAGUCCCGACUGGGAGAUGACUGUUGACGUCUUCUGGUUAUUCUGUCCAAACACAGUAAACUCCACAGCUUCGUUGUGUAGUUUUGUAUGAAUCGAGUAAGGAUGUAAUGCCUUGGUUGGGGUUAGCCUGUGUAACUUAUUCAACUUCUCUUGGUGUUUCCAAAGGCUACAGCUUGGUGUCCUUCCUGCGAACAAUGUACCGUGAAUAAGUAUUAAAAGUGAAGAGGUUGAAUGUUGUAUUUUAUGUAAGUCACUUUCAUGCAACAGACAUGCCUUUUAUGGCCUUGUGUGCUUGUGACUGGUUUUAAUAAAAAAAAUCUCAUA